CAAGCAAUUGAAAAAAUAAAUACAAUUCUCACUGAUCCGGAUAAUUUAAGAAAUAUCGAUUUAAAUACUCUGGCUGGUGGUAAGUAUCGGAAUUGGGAAAAUGAUAUUAUGGGAUUAAACACGGCUGACGAAGCGAACGAUUACUUAAAUGCUUUUUCAGCCGCUUUAAAAGAAAAAGGAGUUGAGGAAAAAGAGGAAGAGGAGAAAGAAAAAAAUGAUAAUUCCUCCGACCAUUACUCUCAGAAAAAUGAUAAUGUUAUUGAUGAUAAAACCAAAAAUUUCAUUAGCAAUUUGCCCUUGCCCUCGGCCAAAAAUGUGGCUAAAAGUAAAAUCUUGGAAUUAUUCAAAAAAUACCGACCUGAUUUGGAAAAGUUAAAGGAAAUCUGA